AAGGACAUAAGUUUUUAUAUUUAAUGUAGUAAUGCAUAAACUUUUAAUUCAGCAUUCUCUUCCUGCGAUAUAUGUUAAUGCGACAGUUGCUCACGAUUUGGAUUAAUUCGAUUUUAUUCAAGUGCGGAUAAAGAGUGCGGAUACAAACAUAAUGAUAUUCCACAUAUUAGUUUUGUUUUGCAUAACUCGAUCAUAUAUUUCUGUGACUGUAACAAUAAACGGGACGGAGGUUGACUGCAGCCUAAGGUGUGCCUGUUGUAAGGGUGGAGAAGCACGGUGCUUCUCUAAGGUGAUAUAUGUAGACGAUUUCUGUCAUGAUGGCUGCGUUGAUACCAUAUUUGGUUACAAGUGCAAAAAUAAAUGUCCCGUCCAAUGCUAUACAUGCGACCAAUAUAACGGAUCAAUAUGCACAACGUGUAACGACACGCAUUAUGAGGUAAAUAGUAACUGUAAGAAGACAUGCUCAGUCGGUUGUAGUGAUGGGACUUGUAAUAAAACGGAUGGAACUUGUAGUCCAUGCGCAGACAAUUUCGAAGGGAACAAAUGUGAAACAUGCAUACAUGGAAAAUAUGGUAUAACUUGCUCACAAAACUGCACGCAUCAAAAUUGCCGUUGUACAUUGAAAGACGGAUGUGAUUCUUGUAAGGCAGGAUUCUACAAAAAGGGGACUUUCUGUCAAACAGCUUGUUCUACCGGAUGUAUGAAUGGCACGUGUAAUGACAAUGGAAGUUGCCAGUGUAGUAAACAGUUUACUCCUGGCUCGUCUUGCACGGAAUGUAUAACUGGAUAUUAUGGAAUUGAGUGCAGAACAAAAUGCCCAAGCGGAUGCAGUGGUGGAGUGUGUAUGCGAAAUGGUACCUGCAGGAAUUGCUUGGCUGGAAAUUACGGAGAACAAUGCGACAAUACGUGCUAUUUUGGAUGCACUGAUCAAGGUUGUAUGAGAAAUGGAACAUGCAAUGAAUGUGUUACCGGUUACUUUGGGGAAUACUGCAACAAAAGUUGUUCUGUUGGAUGCAGUAAUGGAACAUGUAUGAGAAAUGGAAUUUGCAAUGCAUGUGAUACUAAAUACUAUGGAGAACAAUGCAACACUACGUGCUCUGUAGGAUGCAGUGGUGGAAUUUGCAUGAGAGAUGGAUCGUGUGAAUGCACGCAAGGUUUUAACGGUUCAAAAUGCGAAAUGUGUAUAGGAGGAACAUACGGGAACUAUUGUCAACAUAAUUGUAGUAGAGGUUGUUUAGCAUUGAAUUGUGAGAGGUAUAACGGGUUCUGUGAUUGCCAGUCUAAUUUUACCGGAGGUAAAUGUGACCAGUGCGAAGAAGGAUUUUACGGACAUUCUUGUAUUCUACGUUGCUCUGAUAAGUGUGUAGGCAGGAUAUGUUCAAUGUCCGAUGGUAAAUGUACUAACGGUUGUAAGGAUGGAUAUUAUCCAGACGAUUCCGGAAGUUGCAUUUCCUGCGAAAUAAGAUACAAAGAUAAAGACUGUAGCUACGAAUACACAGUUAAAAAGCAGUCCGUAGAAGCUGAGACGCCUGUAGGAGCUAUUGCGGGGGGAAUAGGUGGUGGUGUUGUAAUCAUUUGCAUUAUUUCAAUAUUACUUCUUCGUCAAAGAAUUAUUCGCAUGUUUGCCUUGAAAAGACUCGGAAGAAAUUCUCAGACCACCUCAGAAGUCAUUCGUACCGAAGAAUUGAACACAAAAUAUACAGAUGUCAUUCACGAAGAAGAAAACACUACGGAAUACAUCAAUAACUCGGUCGCUCUGCAGAAGCCUAAAAUUUCUGUUGAUUCCCUUGAGCACUAUAUUGAUUCAUUGACAGAAGAUGGUACAAGAGCCGUAUUUGAUAGCUUUCAACAAGGACUCAUUAAGCCGUAUGCUCACUCACAAAGAAGUGAUAACGUGCCAAGGAACAGAUACAGGGGAAUAUAUCCAUAUGACGAUUGCAGAGUAAAGCUUCGAGAUGAAGAUUCGGACUAUAUCAAUGCAAGCUUUAUCGAUGGUUAUAAGAAGAGUAAAGAAUACAUCGCCACCCUUGGACCAAUGUCGCAGCAACUGGGAAAAGAAUUUGAACCCUUCUGGCAAAUGGUGUGGCAACAGAAGGUCGAGAAAAUUGUCAUGAUCACGAACAUGAUUGAAAAUGCGUCGCUUAAAUGUGAACAGUAUUGGCCAAACGUUGGCACUAGCAUGAUGUAUGGCGAGUUCAGAAUCACAUGCCAUUCGGAGGACAUGUAUGCUGAGUUUACAAGGAGAGCUUUAACAAUAAUACGGUCCUCCAAAGAAAGGUCUUUCUUCCAACUGCACUUCACAUGUUGGCCUGACAAAGGCAUUCCUGACGAUGUCACGGCAAUCAUUGAGUUCAGACAAAGAGUACUAAAUACACCUACAUCAUUUAAAGGACCUACUUUGAUUCACUGCAGUACUGGUGUCGGACGAACGGGCACAUAUAUUGCUCUGGACAUCCUGACGAAGGAGGGUGAAGCUGAACGAGCGGUUGAUAUACCCGGAUGUGUGGUCAACAUGCGGCAGAACAGGCCGAACAUGAUACAGACUUUUGAGCAGUAUCAAUAUCUCCACAAGGCUGUUGUGUAUUCCCUGACAUUCAAUUGUACACCGAUCAAGGCAGAACACUUUCAACAGUACAUGAAGACAACAAGAAGAGCUGACUUAAACAGGCAAUUCCAGCAACUGCUACACACCAUUGAACAGCGAUCGAAACAGGAAGCAAACGCAGUCAAAAGGAACAAACAGCACUUGGCUAAAAUUCGAGCCAAUGCAGACAUACCUGGUGAUGAAAAUCGACCAAGACUCUACCUUGGGUUAACAACUGGAGCUUCAGAUUACAUCAAUGCGGUGUACAUACAUAGUUUCAAAGAAAAAAAUCGCUUUCUGGUUGCACAGACGCCACUGCCAGAGACCGUUACUGACUUUCUGACAUUGAUCGUUCAAGAAAACUGUUCAUGUGUUGUCAGCUUUGAACCAGACAUGGACAAACAAAGGAAUGUUGGAAUUUACUACCCGGCGGAAAACAUGCAGGCAAUGACGAAGGGGUCAUUUGAAGUCAGCUCUUCACGUGAAACCAAACAACCACAUUAUGUUAUGAGGAGCCUUACGAUACGAUAUAAGAAAGCGUCAGGGCACCCUUCUGAGAAAACUCUGUCCCAUAUGCAGUUUACCGAAUGGGAUGAACUGAAGAAUGUCCCUCUAUCUAUUGAAACGUUCCUUACCUUUCUGAAUGACGUGGAGGAAAACAAAGAUGGACCGAUUCUUCUUCAUUGUUUUGAUGGUGCAAGUAGAACGGGUCUGUUCUGUGUUGUGUCAAUGCUGCUGCAGAAAAUGGCCAUAGAACACGAAGUUAGUAUUCUGAAUGCUGUUAGGAAAGUCAAGGCCAUGCGACGAUUGGCGAUUCCGAAUUUGGACCAAUUCAUCUUCUGUCAUGAGAGCAUCCAAGAAUAUUUGCGAGCCUUUGACAAGGAUGUGUAUGCAAACUUCGCCGGUUACGACAAAUAGAGACAGUGACAUAAAAUGGGCAUGGACAACAAAAAAAAAAGAUUUAUCUAUAUGCUAGUUUCGUACAAACAAAUACGCAUUUGUAUUGUUGCAUGUUUUGUUAUUUCGUCUUCUUACUUCACAUCAAAACACUUACUGAUCUGUUAACGUUAAUAGAACACAAAGUGUGUAUAUAAUUCAUGUAGUGUAUUGUUUCUAUCUUUAUUAUGAUAUUGUGAGGAAAUGAUGACUUCGAUACAUUACUUCAUAUUAUUUGAUAGUACAUAUGGCAUAGAUUACCUACUGUGCAACAUUUAUCCUUAUUAAUUGUUGAAAAGUGUACUUAGUGACAAUUUCUCGCUUGAUUGAUCAUAAUGGAAAGGAUUGUAGUACAUGUAGUUAUAAUUCGUUCAUGAUCAGUUUCGUUUUUUAUUUGCAUUCAAUUAUCAAGUUAUCAUACUAAAUAUACCUGAAUUCAUAAUUCAUCAAAAUAGCCGUAAUUAUUUGACAUAAUUCACAUUAAACAUUUUUAAGAACAAACAUUACAAUAGCCAAAUAGUAACUGACAUAUUUUAAGUAAGUCAUAUAUGUAGCAUACCAUUGUCAAUUAAUACAAUAUUUAAUUCCACUACAUAACUUACCGACUUGUGUGGCACCAACUCAUAGAACUCUAGACUUUUCUCCUGGAAUUCGCUCACGGUAAAUCCCGAGUAAGAGAACACUGGGUACUGAGUUAAACCACCUAAGUAUUUUGUCUGAGAAUGUCCAACUAUUAAAGCCAUAAUGAAAAUGUUUAAAAAUUAAAGUCAAAGGUUAAAUUCACAAAAAACUAAGCUGUCUAUAAAUGAACACAAGUACUUGAAUAAACUAAACACAAAUCCACGUAAUAUUAUAAUCAAAAUCACAUCGAUCCAAAUCACACAAUUUAUUAACUAUCUAGAGCAAUAUAUGUUUUUUCACUUUUCAGCGAAAUCUAAAAUAAUAAUAAUAUAAUACAGGAACCAUAAAAUAUACGAUAAGUUAUAACAAGGAACAACUUUAAUAAUAUCGUGUGAUCUUCUCACACAUUCACCAAACCCGUGCAACUGCUACCAUGAAAGUCACUUUAUUUGAGGGGUUUGUUUCGUUUGUUUCAAUUACUCAUAUUUACAGAUCUACACAAAGUUAUGCAAAACUGUACAUAUUUAUAUCAAUUGUUAUCUAUAAAUCGAUAAUUUAAUAAAAUAAUGAAAUAGAAUGUA